CGCAUAUCGAUAUUUAGCAGCCGAAACGUAUGUCAUCAAUUUUAGCUGAAAUCUCAACAAGUGCAUGUUUCGGGUUCUGUUUUAAUUAAAACCAGCUGUGUCGCUAGUUAAAUCGGCAUUGUUUGAAUUCGGUAUACAAGUUGCAGUGCGUGAAAAUAUAUACUUAAAUAAUUUUUAUUUAUUUAUUGCGACAUCCGCACGGCCGCUCACACACACACGCACACAAUCGCGGUUGACAGAUGUGCGACGUGCAUACGUAUAUAGAGCACACAAACUCACACAGGCACGCAGUGCGGAUGUUCUGAUUUUAUGCAAGAAACUGAGUUUAUUUUUAAAAUAAGAAGAAUAUCCGAAAGUAUAAUGCUCAGAAAAGGCGACAGGCAAGCGACGAAAGAGGGUGUGUAAGCGCAUGAAAAAAGGGACACGGCUACAAGGAAAGGGAACGCAAAACGAAAACAACGGGAACAUUGGCGGCGGUGGAAAAUUCGUAAAAUAAUAAAACAAAAACACAAAACGAAAAAUAAAACGACAUCUGACGUGCAGUGCAGACGUCAAGUGCUUUUCCCCCAGAUCUCGCAUGCGUUUAACUUGAAAAUCCCUGGCAGAGCAGCAGAAAUCGAACGCCAACCGAAUAUAACGACACCCCGGCAUUUCCCAUGGACGACGAACUGGAAGAUAAGGUGUUUUAUCAGACAUACGUUUCGCACAUGAAAAUCCUGUCCAAGUUUGCGGUGGGCUUCUCGUCCAUCAACUCACCCUUGGCGUACAUAUGGAAGCUUUGCCGUCUGUAUGUCCUGCGCCCGGAGGUCAUCUUCUGCGGCUUGAUCCUCUUCGUCCUGUUGCUCUAUUUGCAAGCGGUAGAUGUGUGGAGUCGCAGCAUCCUGGGUCGUAUUCAGGCAACACUCGGUCGCCAGAAGGCUGUCAAAAUGAUGGAGAUGUCGGCUAGUGCUGGAGAUCACCAGAGCUGGGAGGAGAUGAAGCAGCAGAGCUCAGCCUUCGCGGUCUUGGGACGGAGGCCACGGAUGGAAGAUAGAUUCAUCAUAGAGGAGAACAUCAACAACAACACUGGCAUCUCCUUCUUUGCCGUCUUUGACGGUCAUGGCGGCGAGUUUGCCGCCGAUUUUGCCAAGGAUGUGCUGGUCAAGAAUAUCUACAACAAGAUCAUUGAGAUGUCUAAGUUGCUAAAGACCGAAGGACUCUCCAGUGAUUACGAUAAGAGUCCAUAUUUGUCUCGCAAGCAGAGUCGCAAGGAUUCAAACAAGGAAAAUACGGAACCCACGUCAGCAGUGACCCGAAAGGAUAGUUUACGCAAGGCUCUCAGCACCACGGCGGAUUGCAGUGCCAUCAAACAGAAGACAACUGAGGCCUCGAUUGCCGACAUUUACACAGCCCAAUUGAACUCGGCAAUGAGGGCCAGUGGAAAUGUGGGAGCCGCCAAGGACUCCUUCCUUAACAACAAUAACAAUGCACAGAAUGGAGCUGGCAAUGCGCCACCUCCCAACUACGAAGCCAAGUGCUACAUCGAAAACGGACGUAUUAAUUUUGGAAAACUGAUCACGGACGAGAUCAUGUCGGCCGACUACAAGCUUGUGGAGCAGGCCAAAAGAGCAACGAACAUUGCGGGCACCACCGCCUUGAUAGCCAUUGUCCAAGGCUCCAAGCUGAUUGUGGCCAAUGUGGGGGAUUCCCGUGGCGUCAUGUACGAUUCUCGAGGCAUCGCCAUACCCCUUUCCUUCGAUCACAAGCCGCAGCAAGUGCGGGAACGAAAGAGGAUCCACGAUGCAGGCGGUUUUAUCGCCUUCCGUGGCGUUUGGCGCGUGGCUGGCGUGUUGGCCACGUCACGUGCUCUAGGCGAUUAUCCGCUAAAAGAUAAGAAUCUGGUGAUUGCUACGCCAGACAUUUUGACCUUUGAACUGAACGAUCACAAGCCCCACUUUCUGAUAUUGGCCUCCGAUGGCCUCUGGGACACGUUCAGCAACGAGGAGGCCUGCACUUUUGUGCAGGAGCAUCUGAAGGAGUCAGACUUUGGAGCCAAAUCCUUGGCCAUGGAGUCGUAUAAACGCGGAUCGGUGGACAACAUCACCGUAUUGGUGAUCGUGUUCAAGAACGAUGUCUACAGAAUUGGCAGCUCAGCGGGAAAAGUGAAAGACGAAUCACUGAAAGUCCCAGCCAAAUCUCAAUCAGUUGCAUCGGCAGCCGUGCAACGCUCUAAUUCAAUCAAAACCAAAUAAGAUACGAAACAUUAGAGUGCCUGCUAAGAAAUGCUCUUAAGCUUUCCCUUUGAAUUUCCCUUCUCCCAAAAAAGAAAAACAAACAAAAGUGCCCAAAAAAUUUCUAGUUAGGCGUUAUGCUAAAUACUUUUGUCUUUUCGUUACUUAUUCAUUCAUCAAUCAGACACUCACACAGAUGUACAUCGCAUGGAAUUGCGUUUCUCAUUUAUCAUGAUAUUAGUUAAGAUUGUUUGUUAUCCCAAGUUGUUUUGUACAAAAAGAAAGAAAAAUAUUUUUCCAUCCGUCGCCACACAUUGCCGUGCACUUUGUUUUUUCAACUCGCACACGAAAGUCAUCACAGUCAAAAGAAGACAUCAUCGAACGAAAUUAUUUAUUUAAUUUAUUUGUUAUACUUGUAAAAUGAAAACAUUUUCUAAUUUGUCGAAAUGUUUUUAUAAAUAAAACAAUGCAUACGGAAUUCGACGAUUUCGUUUUGCUACUUAAAUCCUUCAA